AGAAGAAAGAGUAAACCUAAAAGAGCAACAGAGGAAUCACUUCAGCAGAUAUCAUCCUCUACAUCAGCUCCUCAAGAGAAGGACUACCGUCAGCGUUGCAGAAGUGAAAAUGAAGUUGACACGUGUGGCUCUCGCUGCUGCAGUCGUCAUCGCAUGCGUCUGCAUCCUCCAGACCGCAGCUAUUCCCUUCACACAGCAGACUGAAGAUGAGCAUCAUGUGGAGAGUGAAACACCACAGGAACAAACAAAUCCUUUGGCAUUCUUCAGGGUUAAACGGCAAAGCCAUCUGUCCCUGUGCAGAUACUGCUGCAACUGCUGCCGCAACAAAGGCUGUGGAUACUGCUGCAAAUUCUGAUCCUGCGGGCGUUUUACCGAGUCCCAUGUGCUCAGGAAAAGAGUUUCUUUGAAACAUUAACUUAUUUGGACUUUUGUCUUCCAAACCCCUGCUGAAAUGAUUUUCCCUGUCGCACCAUGUUGUUUGAAACGGGUAUAAAUGCAGGCUGUGUCUCCUCACAUAUACUGCUUUGUAAAAGUUGCAGCUACUGAAAUUUAACAAUAUGAGAACUCACCUACUUUUGUUAACGCUUUCAUGAUUUUGUAUAUUUUAUACAUGUAUAUAUUUUUAUGCCUAUAUGUACAAUGAUUGUUUAGUAAAUGGAAAGCUUU